AUCUCAUCUCAUCUGUUGCUACUUCCAACCCGACGCAUCUCCAAGGACGUCGAUAACAGACACAUACUUGAACUGCAGCGACGUUGAACAACAAUGGUCACUAAAUCUGUGCAGAUUCUCGGCGAUGCUGGGGCCGGGAAAAGUACGCUUAUCGGCCGGUUAAUUUACGAAUGUGGCGGCUUGGAGUUGCCGCAGUUGGAGAAGUUAGAGCGCAAUGGGAUUCGGGAGUUUGCUCAAAUAGCAAAUUUCUACGAGAACGAACACAUGCCGCAGCUCUUUUACACCCCAUCGUCGCAGUAUGUGGUUGACGAAAGCAAGACACCGGAUGUUUUUCUCUGGGUUGUAGAUGCUACUGUUUCGGAUAGUGGCCGAGCUUCCAGUCACAAUCUAGCGUCGUUGAUAUCCACCGGCCACAUGCGACCCCAAGAUAACUUAGUCGUCCUGAUUAAUAAAAUGGACUUGACCGAUUGGUCUUUGCGUAUCUUUGAAGAGAUCGUACGUACGUUUAGUACUGUUAACUCGAUUACAGAAAGCAAGACCUCCAUUAUCCCAAUUUCCGCUACACGAGGAGACAACAUAGUAGAGGCACCCAAGGAAUAUCCGUGGGUUGGAUCGAUACUUCCAAGUCAAUUUGCAGGCUGCGAGCUUGUCUCCGCAAAGCCACUUGCGUAUAUAUUGGACUGAAGACGAUGACAAACAAGUUGUGUUAUGUCUGAUGAUAUUCGUAGCUUCUCAUCUUCCGCUGUGGUCGGUUAUCUCCCAGCAAAGUGAAGUCGAUAGUUGCAAUUGCAAUUCUAAGCUAGUGCAACAAACACCCCAGCUUCGGCUUUAGUCAUUAAUCUAUAUGUUCAGGUUCAUUAGUUUUU